GUCGCCCAUGAACCAAACAACAAACUACGAGUUUGGCAAUGUUUGGUAACAUAUCCCCUUUGAUUUGUGGCAGGGCCUUGCCUUUGCCCUUAUUGAGAUAACUACAGAGCUAUUUUUGUCAGAAUAUCACGGAGUUCACUGCACAAAUACCAUGCAAAUCAGAGCACAAUUUACAGAGCAAGUCUGCCCGGAAAGAAGCAUAAUCCACGGCAGUGACGAUCUCGCUUGUACCCCCUCCGACCGUGGUCUUUGCCCUGAAACUCGCACUGAACAACCGUUACCUGACGGUGCAAAGGGACAAGGUCUACAGAUUCAAGUAGACUGAUAUAACAGUCGCCAUGGGUUGGUGGAAGCGAUUUCGACACAAGAGAGGCGACAAGCAUGGAACGGGAGUGAAAUCUAAACUUUUCGGCACUCUGUUUUGCUGUUUCCGCUGCUGUAAACAUGGUAUACUACCGGGGACCAAAAAGUACUACGAAACACACUAUGUCGGAAUUGAUCCGAAGUACUCCAGGAGUUCCGGCGGUAAAUACAUGGAUAUUGACGGUGAGUUGAGGAUCAGGACUGACAGUCGAGUUGUCUUAGCCAGAAACUAUGGUUCAUUCCAGGAUAGGUCGAGUGGGUUCCGGGAACAGGGGGAGAACCAAAUUGAUGAUUGGAGUAGAUCCAGUGAAUACCGGACCGAUGGCCUAGCUACUACUACCGUGAAUCCGAGGUCUGUGUCUUCUGUCGAUAGAGUCAAAGCCAGGCUUCGACAUCGGCAUGUGAAAAACAAACACAAGCUCAAAGCCGAGAAUAGUCACCUUACAGCAGUGUCAGUCACAAAUAAAGCCAGUAUUUUACUUCCCAUUGAGAAGAGGUUUCAUGAACUUGCCAGGACUGGAAAUCUUGAAGAAGUUAACAGAUUUAUCAAAGAAAAGAACACAAGUCGCCUCAAUGUGAACUGCAUGGAUGAGAAAGACCGAUCGGCUCUUCAUUUAGCCGCAGGUCAAGGUCAUGUGGAGGUCAUCAGGUCAUUACUGGACGCUGAUGUCAGUGUUGAUGCAGCAGAUAAGUUUGGGAUGAAUGCUAUGCUAUGGGCAGCAUGGUUUGGUCAUGACCAAGCAAUGGAGGCUUUAGUGAUGGGCCAAGCUACAGUCAAAUGUGAAAACAAGCAAGGUCUAACUAUAGUUCACUGUGCUGCAUCCCGUGGACACAUCAAUGUCUUAAAAUACAUCGUUGAGAAUCAUCUUGAAGAGGACAAUAUGGAAUCUGAUGAUGAGGAAGGAGGGAUAUUGCCAAGCAUCGGAGCGGUUGGUGGAAAGGUGACCGGGUUAUUUGGUGCAGCUGCCAAUUUGUUAGGCACAAAGACGAAAAAAGAUGAAGAGAAAAACAAAAGCCAUAAGAUAAGACCAGAGAGCUCCUUCAUGGAACAGCGAAACUCCGCCCAGGGAAGCAAAACCCCAUUACAUUUAGCUGCUGAGAAUGGCAUGACCGAUGCUAUGGAUUAUCUCAUCAGUGCCAAGUGCAAUAAACUGGCUAGGACCUCGGAUGGGUCUACAGCUCUACAUUUAGCAGCCAAGAGAGGACAGAUUGACAUGGUUAACCUUCUACUAGUUCAUGAGCUUGAGGUUGAUAUCAGAAAUGAGGAGGGAAUGACUCCACUGCUGUUUGCUGCUGAGGAGGGACAUGCCAAUGUAGUGGAGCUACUUCUGACUCAUAAGGCUGGGUGUAAUGUUAAAGCAAAUGAAAAAAGGAAAGAGAUGGCUGCUAUUCAUUUUGCUGCUCAGAAUAAUCACUGCUCGGUCAUCAAAGUAUUAAGCAGCUUCUCAACUGAUCUCGAUGCAAAAUGUCAGGGAGGUGACACUGCCAUUCAUCUGAGUUCAGCAGCAGGACAUCUCGAUGGUUUGAAGACUUUAAUUUCGAAUGGAGCUAGCGUUAACAUAUUUAAUGAUAGAAAGCGUCUUGCUCUUCAUGUAGCUACAGAGAAUAAUUUGACUGAUGUAGUGGAGCAGCUUCUGUUAGCCGGGGCUUGGGUGCAUCAAGUAGACAAGACUGGUAAGACAGCUUUAAUGAUGGCUGCUAGAGCAGAGAAUGUUACAAUAACUGAUAUGAUUAUCAAAGCAGAUAGAUUCUUCACUAAAAGGAAAAACGAAGGGCGGCCCUACAGGAGGGGAAAAGAACAAAUUCAGUUCCGUAAAGAAUCGACGGAGGAACAGCGUCAGAUGAAACCUAUCUUGUGGAAGCUAGCCACUAAGCAGCUAGCCCAAGACGAUGCCACUAGACUUGUCUUCUACUGGGGCUUCUCGGCUGAGCAGAUCAAAGCAGUGCAGUCACAGUAUACAGGUCCGAAGAGUUGGAAGGAGCACACAUAUCGGAUGUUGUUGAUAUGGUUACACGGAGCAGAAGUCAACCCAAUGAAGGGACUGUAUGAAGGAUUAGUCGCCAUUGAAAGGAAAACUCUUGCAGAAAACAUCAGGAAGAAAGCCAAUAUGAAGCUGGAUGGGAAAGGAAGUGGAUGUACUGUAUCAUGACCUUUUUAUGACCUUUGUGACCGUCAUAUGACCUUUGUGACCUUCAUAUGACUUUCGUGAGCUUUAUAUGACCUCUAUGACCUAUGUGACCUUCUUGAAUGCUGAUUUAAUUAGCUCUUCCAAUUUGCCCAUGUGACUAUUUGUAAAACAAACACAAUGGUAAUUUGAGACCAAAUCAAGAAUCUUCCAAACUUGACACAAGUAUUUUGAUAUCUUUAUUUAACAUACAUGUAAUUAAUUUAAUCAACAUUUACUGUAAAAUUUCAUUGUUUAGAAUAUCUUUACUUAACAGGUGAAAGAAAGUUUUAAGAUGUACAAUAUUAUCAUUAUCUGUCGUAACAAAUUUUAUAUAUUUAAACCAACGUUUUUCUUGUGUAAAAGUAUAAGCCCAUAUAGAAACUGACAAAACACCUGAAAUUACCUUGUUGAGUAUACGUACAAUGUUUCUUAAAAGCAAUCCCGAAAGAAUAACUUUGAUCGAGAAGUUGUUUUCGAAAUCCACAUUUUGACAAAAUUUACACAAAACUGAAAUGUGAUUUGUCACAUGAUUUAAACUUUUCAAGCGUUUAUAGUGCAUUUCAUUGUUCGAGUCAUAAUUAUUAGCAAAACAUUUUAAAUGCAUUGAAAAUUGACGUCUGGAACGCCCAUUAUCGGCGCAAUCGUCUCGGGUGCCUAAAAACCCAACAUGUGUUUUGGGUUCCCGAAACCGUCACCACAUAAUUUGGGGUGCCUGAAACCGUCGCCAAAUGUAAAUGGGGAUGCCCGAAACAGUCACAAACUGUUGGGGGAAGAUCGAAACUGUCACAGACUGUUCUUUUGGGCUCGGCAUAGUUUUCAAAUGAUAAAUUGAUUCUUUGGAUUGCCGUAAUUUGAACUCUUCGCGCCUCGUUAUGAAAUCAAGACACUGUUCUGGAAAUAUUCAACGGCGUUUUUCCCCCACCUCUCUUGCAAUAUCAACCAAAUUCUGGAAUCUAAUACUUUUCUAGAGAAUAUCACCCAUUUACAAAAGAAACUUAUUUGUUUUUUGCUUGUCACAAAUUUGUAUCGUGUCUUCUAUUUGUGUUUGUAUAUAUUUGUAAAAUUAAUAAAAUAUUUAUUUAAUGGAUUCAAAAUUA